AUGGGAAUGUUUCCCCCCGACCUGGACCUGGACCCCAACCUGGACCCCGACCUGGACCCCGACCUGCACCCUGACCUGGACCCCAACCUGGACUCCAACCUGGAUCCCGACCUGGAACCUGACCUGGACCCUGACCUGGACCCCGACCUGGACCAAGCAAGUGACUUAAUGGCUGCACCCCUUAGCCUGUGCCUGCGUCCGCCUGUGAUUGGUCCACACGGCGGGAUUAGAGGCCGUAUCCCCACUUUGGUGCUGCUCUCUCGUUUUACCAGCGGCACAUGA